GCGGUACCCAGACCUUGAAACGGAAGUGACGUAGGGCGUGAGCGCCUGGCGGGAUGGAGCAACAGCAACAACUGAGAAACUUGCGGGACUUCCUGUUGGUCUACAAUCGGAUGACAGAACUCUGCUUUCAGCGCUGUGUGCCCAGCCUGCACCACCGAGCCCUGGACGCUGAGGAGGAGGCCUGUCUACACAGCUGUGCUGGGAAGCUGAUCCACUCCAACCACCGCCUCAUGGCCGCUUACGUGCAGCUCAUGCCUGCCCUGGUACAGCGCCGCAUCGCAGACUAUGAGGCUGCCUCAGCUGUGCCGGGUGUGGCCGCUGAACAGCCCGAAGGCUCACGGUCCAGCAGCUAGCCACCCCCAGUCCCAAAAGGGAAGGCCUUGGAUGGGCCCUCAGAUUGAAGGACCCGGUGGACUUUGACUAGGUGAAGCCUGCACGAGGGGUUGCCUGAAAGUUGGGUACCGUUGCUCCCUUUCCUGGAGCCAAUAAACCCACCUUUUACUC